AUGACUUCAGAAUUUUGGCCAGAUUUAGAUUUUAAAACAGUUGGGAGGUUAAUUCUUGAAGAUGGUAACGAAUUUGUAGGGUACAGUGUAGGUUACGAAGGGUGUAAAGGAAAUAAUAGUAUAUCAUGUCAUAAGGAGUAUAGAAAUAUUAUUAAUAAUGAUAAUAGCAAGAAUAGUAAUAAUUCAUUUUGUAAUAAUGAAGAAAACAAUUUGAAAGAUGAUUUAUUAUAUAAAAAUAGUCGAUUAGAAAAUGAAGAUUUUAUUGUUACAGGUGAAGUUAUAUUUAAUACAGCUAUGGUUGGAUAUCCUGAAGCUUUAACGGACCCAAGUUAUUUUGGUCAAAUAUUAGUUUUAACAUUUCCUUCUAUUGGUAAUUAUGGUAUUGAAAAAGUAAAACAUGAUGAAACGUUUGGAUUAGUACAAAAUUUUGAAAGUAAUAAAAUUCAAGUACAAGGUUUAGUUAUUUGUGAAUAUUCGAAGCAAUCAUAUCAUUACAAUUCUUAUAUUACCUUAAGUGAAUGGUUAAAGAUUUAUAAAAUUCCAUGUAUAGGUGGUAUAGAUACAAGAGCCUUAACAAAACUUUUAAGAGAAAAAGGUAGUAUGUUAGGUAAAAUAGUUAUAUAUAAAAACAGACAACAUAUUAAUAAAUUAUAUAAAGAAAUUAAUCUUUUUGAUCCUGGUAAUAUAGAUACUCUAAAAUAUGUAUGUAAUCAUUUUAUACGUGUUAUUAAGUUGAAUAAUAUUACAUAUAAUUAUAAAAAUAAGGAAGAAUUUAAUUAUACCAAUGAAAUGAUUACUAAUGAUUCUUCAAUGGAAGAUCAUGAUAAUGAAAUUAAUGGUAGUAUUUCUAAUUUUAAUAAUUGUCCAAGUAUCUCUAGUUUUGAUAAAAGUGAAUCGAAAAAUGUUAUUAAUCAUACAUUGUUAAGAGAUAAAAUGAACCUAAUAACUUCAUCUGAAGAAUAUCUGAAAGAUCUUCAUAAUUGUAAUUUUAGUAAUAGUAGUGAUAAAAAUGAUUCUUUUUUUAAGUUAUAUGGUAUAUGUGAAUAUGAUAAAUAUUUAAUUGACCUUGAAGAAAAUGCUAGCUUUCAUUAUAAUAAUGUAGAUGAAUAUGGAUAUUAUGAUGUUAAUAAAAAUACAAAUAUUCUAUCUAAUAAUAAAAUAGAACAAAACAACAAUAACGAAAAUAACAAAAAUAACAAAAAUAACAACAAUAACGAGGUUGAUUAUAUAAAGAAAGAUGAGGAUAAUAAUGUCAAUAGUAAGGUCUUUUAUAGCCAAUAUAAUAAUAAUGCACCAAAUAAUGAACAUACCGAAUUUAAUUUAAAUAAUGAUUAUUCUACUUAUAUUAGAAAGAAAAUGAAAAAUGAAGAAUUCCUUAAUUUGGUAAACAAAAGAAAAGUAGACCAUAAAGAAAAAAUUAUUGUUAUUGUUGAUUGUGGUAUUAAAAAUAGUAUAAUCAAAAAUUUAAUAAGACACGGUAUGGAUCUUCCAUUAACAUAUAUUAUUGUACCUUAUUAUUACAAUUUUAAUCAUAUAGAUUAUGAUGCAGUUCUUUUAUCUAAUGGUCCUGGAGAUCCUAAAAAGUGUGAUUUCCUUAUAAAAAAUUUGAAAGAUAGUUUAACAAAAAAUAAAAUUAUAUUUGGUAUUUGUUUAGGUAAUCAACUAUUAGGUAUAUCAUUAGGUUGUGACACAUAUAAAAUGAAAUAUGGUAAUAGAGGUGUUAAUCAACCCGUAAUACAAUUAGUAGAUAAUAUAUGUUACAUUACCUCACAAAAUCAUGGAUACUGUUUAAAGAAAAAAUCAAUUUUAAAAAGAAAAGAGCUUGCGAUUAGUUAUAUAAAUGCUAAUGAUAAAUCUAUAGAAGGUAUUUCACAUAAAAAUGGAAGAUUUUAUAGUGUCCAGUUUCAUCCUGAGGGUAAUAAUGGUCCUGAAGAUACAUCAUUUUUAUUUAAGAAUUUUCUUUUAGAUAUCUUUAAUAAGAAAAAACAAUAUAGAGAAUAUUUAGGAUAUAAUAUUAUUUAUAUAAAAAAGAAAGUGCUUCUUUUAGGUAGUGGUGGUUUAUGUAUAGGACAAGCAGGAGAAUUCGAUUAUUCAGGAACACAAGCAAUUAAAAGUUUAAAAGAAUGUGGUAUAUAUGUUAUAUUAGUUAAUCCUAACAUAGCAACUGUUCAAACAUCAAAAGGUUUGGCAGAUAAGGUAUACUUUUUACCAGUUAAUUGUGAAUUUGUAGAAAAAAUUAUUAAAAAGGAAAAACCUGAUUUUAUUUUAUGUACAUUUGGUGGUCAGACAGCUUUAAAUUGUGCUUUAAUGUUAGAUCAAAAAAAAGUAUUGAAAAAGAAUAAUUGUCAAUGUUUAGGUACAUCUUUAGAAUCUAUAAGAAUAACAGAAAAUAGAACAUUAUUUGCUGAAAAAUUAAAAGAAAUUAAUGAAAGAAUAGCUCCAUAUGGUAGUGCAAAAAAUGUUAAUCAAGCUAUUGAUAUAGCUAAUAAAAUAGGAUAUCCAAUAUUAGUACGUACAACAUUUUCGUUAGGAGGAUUAAAUAGUAGUUUCAUAAAUAAUGAAGAAGAACUUAUCGAAAAAUGUAAUAAAAUAUUUUUACAAACUGAUAAUGAAAUAUUUAUAGAUAAAUCAUUACAAGGAUGGAAAGAAAUAGAAUAUGAAUUAUUAAGAGAUAAUAAAAAUAAUUGUAUAGCUAUAUGUAAUAUGGAAAAUAUAGAUCCAUUAGGUAUACAUACAGGAGAUAGUAUAGUUGUUGCACCUUCACAAACAUUAAGUAAUUAUGAAUAUUAUAAAUUUAGAGAAAUAGCAUUAAAGGUAAUUACACAUUUAAAUAUUAUAGGAGAAUGUAAUAUACAAUUUGGUAUAAAUCCACAAACAGGAGAAUAUUGUAUUAUUGAAGUUAAUGCUAGGCUUAGUAGAAGUUCAGCAUUAGCUUCUAAAGCUACUGGUUAUCCACUUGCUUAUAUAUCAGCAAAAAUAGCCUUGGGAUAUGAUUUGAUAAGUUUAAAAAAUAGCAUAACUAAAAAAACAACUGCCUGUUUUGAACCCUCUCUAGAUUACAUUACAACAAAAAUACCACGAUGGGAUUUAAAUAAAUUUGAGUUUGCUUCUAAUACAAUGAAUAGUAGUAUGAAAAGUGUAGGAGAAGUUAUGUCUAUAGGUAGAACCUUUGAAGAAUCUAUACAAAAAUCUUUAAGAUGUAUUGAUGAUAAUUAUUUAGGAUUUAGUAAUACGUAUUGUAUAGAUUGGGAUGAAAAGAAAAUUAUUGAAGAAUUAAAAAAUCCAUCACCAAAAAGAAUUGAUGCUAUACAUCAAGCUUUCCAUUUAAAUAUGCCUAUGGAUAAAAUACAUGAGCUGACACAUAUUGAUUAUUGGUUCUUACAUAAAUUUUAUAAUAUAUAUAAUUUACAAAAUAAGUUGAAAACGUUAAAAUUAGAGCAAUUAUCUUUUAAUGAUUUGAAGUAUUUUAAGAAGCAUGGUUUUAGUGAUAAGCAAAUAGCUCACUACUUAUCCUUCAACACAAGCGAUAAUAAUAAUAAUAAUAAUAAUAUUAGCUCAUGUAGGGUUACAGAAAAUGAUGUUAUGAAAUAUAGAGAAAAGCUAGGAUUAUUUCCACAUAUUAAAGUUAUUGAUACCUUAUCAGCCGAAUUUCCGGCUUUAACUAAUUAUUUAUAUUUAACUUAUCAAGGUCAAGAACAUGAUGUUCUCCCAUUAAAUAUGAAAAGGAAAAAGAUAUGCACGCUUAAUAAUAAACGAAAUGCAAAUAAGAAAAAAGUCCAUGUCAAGAACCACUUAUAUAAUGAACUAGUUGAUGAUAAGGAUACACAAUUACACAAAGAAAAUAAUAAUAAUAAUAAUAUGAAUUCUGGAAAUGUAGAAAAUAAAUGUAAAUUGAAUAAAGAAUCCUAUGGCUAUAAUAAUUCUUCUAAUUGUAUCAAUACAAAUAAUAUUAAUAUAGAAAAUAAUAUUUGUCAUGAUAUAUCUAUAAACAAAAAUAUAAAAGUUACAAUAAACAAUUCCAAUAAUUCUAUAUCGAAUAAUGAAAAUGUUGAAACAAACUUAAAUUGUGUAUCUGAAAGGGCCGGUAGCCAUCAUAUAUAUGGUAAAGAAGAAAAGAGUAUAGGAUCUGAUGAUACAAAUAUUUUAAGUGCACAAAAUUCAAAUAAUAACUUUUCAUGUAAUAAUGAGAAUAUGAAUAAAGCAAACGUUGAUGUUAAUGUACUAGAAAAUGAUACGAAAAAACGAGAAGAUAUAAAUACUACAACAGUAUUUAUGGAAGGUCAAAAUAGUGUUAUUAAUAAUAAGAAUAAAGAGAAUAGUUCUUUAUUGAAAGGUGAUGAAGAAGAUAUUGUGAUGGUAAAUUUAAAAAAGGAAAAUAAUUAUAAUAGUGUAAUUAAUAAUGUAGAUUGUAGGAAAAAGGAUAUGGAUGGAAAAAAUAUAAAUGAUGAAUGUAAAACAUAUAAGAAAAAUAAAUAUAAAGAUAUGGGAUUAAAUAAUAAUAUAGUAGAUGAGUUAUCCAAUGGAACAUCACAUUCAACUAAUGAUCAUUUAUAUUUAGAUAAUUUUAAUACAUCAGAUGAAGAAAUAGGGAAUAAUAAAAAUAUGGAUAUGUAUUUAUCUAAGCAAAAAAGUAUAUCUAAUAAAAACCCUGGUAAUUCUUAUUAUGUUGUAGAUUCCGUAUAUAAUAAUGAAUACAAAAUUAAUAAGAUGAAAGAGUUAAUAGAUAACGAAAAUUUAAAUGAUGAAUAUAAUAAUAAUGUUAAUAUGAAUUGUUCUAAUUAUAAUAAUGCUAGUGCAUUUGUAAAUGGAAAGGAUAGAAAUGAUAAUUUAGAAAAUGAUUGUAUUGAAAAAAAUAUGGAUCAUACAUACAAACAUUAUAAUCGUUUAAACAAUCGUAGAAGUACAAAUGAGAGGAUGAUGCUUAUGGUAAACAAUGAAAAAGAGAGCAAUCAUGAGAAGGGCCAUAGAAGAAAUGGUUUAAAUAAAAAAAAUAAAGAAAAAAAUAUGGAAAAAAAUAAGGGAAAAAAUAAAGACAAAAAGAAUUAUCAUUAUGUUAAUCAUAAAAGGAAUAAUGAAUAUAAUAGUAACAAUAUUGAAUCGAAGUUUAAUAAUUAUGUUGAUGAUAUAAAUAAAAAAGAAUAUUAUGAAGAUGAAAAUGAUAUAUAUUAUUUUACACAUUCGUCACAAGGUAACAAUGACGAUUUAAGUAAUGAUAAUUAUUUAAGUAGUGAAGAAUUGAAUACUGAUGAGUAUGAUGAUGAUUAUUAUUAUGAUGAAGAUGAAGAAGAUGACUAUGACGAUGAUAAUGAUGAUGAUGAUGAUGAUGGGGAGGAUGAGGAGGAUAAUGAUUAUUAUAAUGAUGAUGGUUAUGAUAGCUAUAAUUCUUUAUCAUCUUCAAGAAUAUCAGAUGUAUCAUCUGUUAUAUAUUCAGGGAACGAAAAUAUAUUUAAUGAAAAAUAUAAUGAUAUAGGUUUUAAAAUAAUCGAUAAUAGGAAUGAAAAAGAGAAAGAGAAAAAGAAAUGUUUUAUUGUAUUAGGUUGUGGUUGUUAUCGUAUUGGUAGUUCUGUAGAAUUUGAUUGGAGUGCUAUACAUUGUGUAAAGACCAUAAGAAAAUUAAACCAUAAAGCUAUAUUAAUAAAUUGUAACCCAGAAACUGUAAGUACAGAUUAUGAUGAAAGUGAUCGUCUAUAUUUUGAUGAAAUAACAACAGAAGUUAUAAAAUUUAUAUAUAACUUUGAAAAUAGUAAUGGUGUGAUUAUAGCUUUUGGUGGACAAACAUCAAAUAAUUUAGUAUUUAGUUUAUAUAAAAAUAAUGUAAAUAUAUUAGGAUCAAGUGCACAAAGUGUUGAUUGUUGUGAAAAUAGGAAUAAAUUUUCGCACUUAUGUGAUUCCUUAAAAAUUGAUCAACCGAAAUGGAAUAAAUUUACAAAAUUAUCCAAGGCUAUACAAUUUGCUAAUGAAGUAAAAUUUCCUGUAUUAGUAAGACCAUCGUAUGUAUUAUCUGGUGCAGCUAUGAGAGUUGUAAAUUGUUUUGAAGAAUUAAAAAACUUUUUAAUGAAGGCAGCUAUUGUUAGUAAAGAUAAUCCUGUUGUAAUAUCAAAAUUUAUUGAGAAUGCUAAAGAAAUAGAAAUAGAUUGUGUUAGUAAAAAUGGUAAAAUAAUUAAUUAUGCUAUAUCUGAACAUGUUGAAAAUGCUGGUGUACAUUCAGGUGAUGCAACAUUAAUAUUACCUGCACAAAAUAUAUAUGUUGAAACACAUAGGAAAAUAAAGAAAAUAUCCGAAAAGAUUUCAAAAUCAUUAAAUAUAUCUGGUCCAUUUAAUAUACAAUUUAUAUGUCAUCAAAAUGAAAUAAAAAUUAUUGAAUGUAAUUUAAGAGCAUCUAGAACUUUUCCAUUUAUAUCAAAAGCUCUAAAUCUAAACUUUAUAGAUUUAGCUACAAGGAUAUUAAUGGGUUAUGACGUCAAACCAAUUAAUAUAUCAUUAAUUGAUUUAGAAUAUACAGCUGUAAAAGCACCGAUUUUCUCAUUUAAUAGAUUACAUGGAUCAGAUUGUAUACUAGGUGUAGAAAUGAAAUCUACAGGUGAAGUAGCAUGUUUUGGUUUAAAUAAAUAUGAAGCUUUAUUAAAAUCAUUAAUAGCUACAGGUAUGAAGUUACCCAAAAAAUCAAUACUUAUAAGUAUUAAAAAUUUAAAUAAUAAAUUAGCUUUUGAAGAACCGUUCCAAUUAUUAUUUUUAAUGGGAUUUACAAUAUAUGCGACUGAAGGUACGUAUGAUUUCUACUCUAAAUUUUUAGAAUCUUUUAAUGUUAAUAAAGGUUCUAAAUUUCAUCAAAGACUUAUUAAAGUUCAUAAUAAAAAUGCAGAAAAUAUAUCACCAAAUACAACAGAUUUAAUUAUGAAUCAUAAAGUUGAAAUGGUUAUUAAUAUAACUGAUACAUUAAAAACAAAGGUUAGUUCAAAUGGUUAUAAAAUUAGAAGAUUAGCAUCAGAUUUCCAGGUUCCUUUAAUAACUAAUAUGAAACUUUGUUCUCUUUUUAUUGACUCAUUAUAUAGAAAAUUCUCAAGACAAAAGGAAAGAAAAUCAUUCUAUACCAUAAAGAGUUAUGACGAAUAUAUAAGUUUGGUAUAA